CUACUGAAAGCAUAUUUUUUUGCUUCAGCAAAUUUUAGUGACUGAAUACUCGUCCUCUUUGCUUUGGCUUCAAUCAAAGGAUAUUUUCCAAUAAACCAUAAUUUCGACAUAACUUCGAAUUGACGAACGUUUGAUACACGACGUCGGAGUGUUUUUCUUGAGUAAAAAGAAAUAUAUAUAGCGGGACGCAAAUUAUUGUGAUGGUGUGUUUUUAUUGAUAUGAUAAUAUGGUAUCAAUUUAACCAAUGACUUGUUAGGUAGUUGUUUGCGCUCUUUCGUCGUUCGUUUUGUGGGAACGGCGUUUUGAUAGACAAUAUAUUUCGUGCCCGCGUUGUAGUGUGAUCUGUGACCUUAUUAUUACCCAACAUCUCCAAUGUUGAUAGCCGGUCGGUGUAUUAUAAUGAAUAAGACGUGAAAAACAAGCUAUUUCAUGAGCGAUUCGUCGGAUACCUAUUUGGUUGAUUAAAAAGCGAUAACUUUCCUUUCCCACGCUUCCCGCGCAUUCCAUUCCGCCAAAUCAAAUUUAAAAAGUUAUCAUUCCAUUUAGGAAAUUUAAAAUUAAAAGAAAACAAAAUUGAUACUCCAACGUCGCCAGUUUCCCUAUCCCCUGUAUCCACCCAAUCACCAUUCAGAGUUUCCCCGCCAAAGCCGGAGUUUUUCAAAUACAGAACAUCGUCUCUGAAAAAAGAGAUAAGUUUGUCGUCGUCGAAUGUGGCCAGUUCGCCAGUGUCGAAGCGUCACCAUAGACACAGUUCUUCGUCGAAUGUAGUAGUAGUUCCCCACAAGGGGGUGUUGAGAUGUACUGACAGCAUGAGUUCUUCCCCAGUAGUUGAGCCCUCCUCACCCUCCACUACCCCUUCCUCGCCUGCGCUGAGGGCGGACAGUGUGCAGUUCCAUACUUCUACGCCGAAUUAUAUCGGAAAGAAGCAGCAACCACUGAACGUUGUUCUGCCGUCCACCGCUCCGGCCACUCCGCCUAGUACUACCGCCUACGGCGAACCGACGCUAACCCCCCCUCCGCGCUCUCCCGGCGCCGUCCCCCCCCCCGCCUCCGGCGACGGCCGCGACCAUCCGCCCGACGGCACCUCCUCUGACAAGUCCUCUGAAACAGCGGUUGGCGGCAUUUCGCGAACGCCAAGCACUGCGCUCUCCCGCAAGGAGAGUUACAAAGCGCAGAGACAGCACUACAGGAGGGAGAAGAAGAAGGCGGCGUCGGCUCUACUGCACUCCAUUGAGGACCCCUCAGUGGUUGUGCUAGCCGAUUGGCUCAAGGUCCGCGGGUCAUUGAAGUCAUGGACAAAGUUGUGGUGUGUUCUGAAGCCAGGCCUCUUACUGCUGUAUAAGAGUCCUAAAGCUAAGAGCAGCCACUGGGUGGGCACGGUGCUGCUGGCGUCGUGCCAGGUCAUAGAGCGGCCCAGCAAGAAGGACGGCUUCUGCUUCAAGCUCUACCACCCGCUGGAGCAGAGCAUCUGGGCGCCGCGCGGGCCCCACAACGAGACUAUUGGCGCAGUAGUGCAGCCGCUGCCGACCGCGCACCUGAUCUUCCGCGCGCCGUCGCAGGCGGCCGGCCGCUGCUGGCUGGACGGGCUCGAGCUAGCGCUGCGCUGCAGCAAUGCUAUGCUCAGAUGUUCCCGUUCGCGGCCCGAGCACCCGGCGGCGGAGACCCCUCAGACGCAGACCAACAUCUCACACGAGGAGCUAGAGAAGCACUUCAAUGAACACGAGUUAGCAGGUGCAGCGUCGGAUACAGACAGCGACGGAUCAAGGGUGAUGACAACAACCACUGAGAAGGCGUCGUCGAGCAAGCAAGAGAUACUAGCCAGGCUCGAGAGGCAGUACGUGGAGGAUCCGGAUAGGGACGUCGGAGCGGCUGGAGAAUUAGUAGAAGAAGUAGCUGAAGAGAACAAGUCCCUGUUAUGGUUCCUGCUGAAGCAGGUCCGGCCGGGCAUGGACCUGAGCAAGGUGGUACUGCCGACCUUCAUCCUGGAGCCGCGCUCCUUCCUGGACAAGCUCUCCGACAACUACUACCACGCGGACAUCCUCAGGCAGGCCCAAGUGACAGAAGAUCCUUACCUUCGUUUCAAGUGUGUUCUCAAGUGGUACCUCUCCGGCUUGUACAAGAAGCCGAAAGGGCUGAAGAAGCCCUACAAUCCGGUACUAGGAGAGACCUUCAGGUGUUGUUGGAGAGGACAAGAUGCGGAGCCCUACACGUUUUAUGUGGCUGAACAGGUAUCUCAUCACCCGCCCGUGUCCGCGUUUUACGUCUCAAAUAGAAGGGACGGUUACGUAAUAGAAGGCAGCCUGCUGGCCAAGUCUAAAUUUUAUGGUAACUCGACGUCGGCUAUCCUGGAGGGCUGCGCACGAGUGCACCUCCUCAACUGGGGGGAGACCUACAUCACCACGGCGCCGUACGCGCACUGCAAGGGCAUCGUCAUUGGGACGCUGAGCAUGGAGUUGGGAGGAAAGGUCCAUAUAAUGUGUAACGAAACGGGUUAUCAAGCAGACGUUGAGUUUAAGUUAAGAUCGUUCCUGGGUGGCGCGGAUCAAACCAACGCCAUUUCUGGACGCAUCAAGAAAGGCAAAGACACGAUAGCCUCAGUAGAGGGCUACUGGGACGGCAAGAUCGAUAUAAAGGACAAGAAAUCUGGGGAGGAGAGCUGCCUGUUGGAUGUGGCCGAUCUGAAGGAGCAGAGGAUGACGCGCUACCUGAUGUCCCUGGACAAGCAGGCGGAGCACGAGUCCCAGCGGCUCUGGAUCAAAGUGUCCGAGGCCAUACUCAACGACGACCAGGUAGCAGCGACAGAACAGAAGACGAUAAUAGAAGAGGCGCAAAGAACGCGCGCAAGGAACCUUCAGGCUCCUUGGGUACCGAGAUUUUUUCAUAGAGACGCGUCUUCUAUUGUGCCUGAAGGAAUCGUCGACCAGUGUUGGAAAUAUAACCAUGUAAAUAUUAGUCCGUGGGGUUCGAAAGAGGUCCUGGAAUACGAGGAGGACUACGUGAUCCAGUCGAGUGUGUCGCCGGGCGCGGCGCCCGCGGGCCCCACCCGUGCGCGUCUGCCCUCCGCCGCGCCCGAUCGCUCCGACUCGGAUUCGCGCGACGAGCUGCUGCACCGCGCCAACAAGCACAACACACGGACACUAAAGCAAACAUUAGUGGCCAUAGACACGUCCCUCCGAGAGCACACUAGCGCCAUCGAGCGACUUUCCAAAACCGUUGACGCUCUGUCGGUGACCCAACGAGUGGCUCUACGCCCACAAGUGGGCCACACACCUGAGACCAACCCCUACUGGCACACAAUCGUGGGGUUCGUAUUAGCUAUAGUCAUUCAAGCUUUAGCGAAUUGGCUGUUUAGUAGAAGAGACUGAAAUAACGAUUUGUCCAUAUAUUUUUUUGUUUUUUUUUUUUAAUAUAUUUUCCUUUUUAUUAGGAAGUGUUAGUUUUGUAACGGGUUGUUUUUAGCGAUUUUUUUUUGUUUCGUAUCGUACGUUGAGUUGUUACGAUGUAAAUGUGUUUUGUGAAAUUUCGUGAAUGUUGAACCAAACGGAGGUAUGGUUUGUUCUACAGUUGUUAUUUUACAAAGAGUGUUACAGUUUUGUCAUCGCAAUACCAAACGGAACGGUCAUGAUUGGUUGAUAAACGCAGUGUUGCCAGCAGGAGAAAGCGCAUACAUUGAUUUUCUACUGUUUAUUGACAAACUGUAAUUUGCGUAUAGUCCGUUUCUAAGUGAGUCUGAAAACGGCAACCCCGAAUGGACAUGUCAUUUAUUUAAAAAGUAAUGUCAGAUGCCUUUAAAUGACUUGAAUUUGAUCUAACGCAAGUGUUAUUUGACAAACUCUAUUAAGACUGUGUAUGAUGAAGACAUACUUUGUUAGAGUGAGAUGGUAAUAUAUUGCGCAGAUUAUAAAUAUUAUGUUGGGACGUAUUUUCAAACACUGGUUUUUUUUGGGGUUUUUGUGGGUCCAAAAAUUUACGAGAUCUUUUUAUAGCAUUUUCUUUUAAUGGCACGCAAAUAGGCACUCUAUUUGCGUCAAUCGAUCCUAUAGACUUUGGUACAAAAUUCGUCUGCAUGCGUACCUCACUCGUCUACCAGCCGCCAAACAGCAGCUCGCAUUGCUGUGUUCCGGUUUGAAGGGCGGAUGAGGCGGUGUGAUUACAGGGCACUGUGGCAAAAGACCUUACACAGUAAUCUGUAGUAUUGCAGGAGUUUUUUAGGCACCGGUGACCACUUACCGCCAGGUGGACCGUAUGCUAAAACCAUCCUAUUUACCCCAAUGGACUUCACUAACAGACAGUCCUUCACAUCUGCCAAACUAUGUACAGUAAGGAAUUUACGUGGUUACGUCUAUUUGAAUGACAUUGCUGGGUUAUGGAGUGAGAUACAGACCGACUUAAUUUUUUUUUUUUUUAUAAUAUUUUUUUAUAUAUAAUUAUUUCUUAGAAUUGGACUAUAACGCUGUUACAUUCGAAAUUAUAGUUAUUUUUCGAAUAUAAAUAAAUUAUUAUUGAUAUAUUCAAAUUUAGUUAUUACAAAUACGAUAUUUGGCUUUUUAUUUUACUAAUUUUAUCUUACCCUCUUAGAGCCAGUUGCACCAGUAAAUUUUGACGUUAACUUUAAACCUGCGCGUCGCCGCCGGUUUGAUAAAAUGGUGAAUUUAGCAUAUUUGGCUUGUGUGCGCAUGUCAAAGUUAACGUAAAAGUUAACUGGUGUAAAUCACGCUUAUAAAAAAAUUAAGAAUAAAUAUAUUUAAUGCAGGGUAGCAUUUUAAAUACUAGCCAAAAAUACCAGGCCUAUGGAUCGAGAGGUCCCAAUUUCGAAUCCCACUCGUGCCACACGAGUUUGUAUACCAAUCUGUCUCAUGUAUAAUAGUUUUCAUCGACCACCACUUGCUUCCGGUGAAGGAAAACAUCGUGAGGAAACCUGCACACCGGUUGAUUAUCAAACUCGUGAAAUUACACCUUCACAUGCACUUUUUCAAUCAAAUUUUUUUUUUAUUAUAUAGUAAUCUCUCAAAACAAUACAAACUACUGGCAUUUCGGAACGACCACAGUUGAGAAAAAAUAUUGAAAGAAACUCAUUUAAACAGUGUACACUAUCAAGUAUUUCAUAAAUGACAACGCAAAAUUUUUUGUACUUACUAUACGCCCUUAAACAAUCCUGCUAUAAAAAUUUAGCUUGCGUAUAAAAUGCCACUCGGUAUACGACCACAUUAAUAUUAAAUAGUAAAUUAAAAGGCCGGAUAUCAAUUUAUUAGAUACGUUUCAUACGAAGUGUACAACGACCAAAUAUUGUGAAGACAUUUUUGAUUGUUUUAGGAACACCGUAGUUCAUUUACAAAAAAAUAAACGUAUGAAAAACCCCAUUUAAAUUGUUCUAUAAUUUCAUUUGUGUUUCGAACAAAAUGUUGCAAACAAAACUGAAUGGAAUGUUGAAACACACUUGCUUCUCUAAAGGAGAACAUCGCGAGGAAACCUGCACCCUGGUUGAUAAUUUAUCUCCUAGUAUACGGAGUGGAGAAGGUAACUCCAUUAAUAUUGCCAAGAAAGUCGUUGUGCGUGUUUCAUUCCACUUCAGCCAUUAGGGAUGAAACUGUAAGAAGGGGAGGAUUUUAAAUAAUAUCACCAAGUCAUGUUAUUUAUCAUCAUCUUUUCUGAAAACUAUAUAUUUUUUCGUAAAUGAGUUACGGUACAAGGUUUUGAUUAUUUUGGCAACUUUCAAUAAAUGUUGCCAGUGCGAAAAUAACAUACGGAUUAAAUUAAUGUGCCUAUAUUGAAUUUUAUACGUUAAAUUCAAUUUUUGUAAUACACAUGUAGUAUUAAUGUAUAAUCCCAAUUUGCUUUAAUUAAUUGAAUGUUGCCAAUUUAUACGGAAACAUCACAGUUUUGUUUGUGAAUUGAUUUUUUUAUGCUAUUUUAAUUUGUUCAAAUUAUACAUACAAAUGUAUAUUCUUUUUUAAUUUUAGCCCAUAUUGGAAUUGAUUAUCUUUCAUAAAUUAUUGAAUAUAAUUUAAUUCUAUUUUUUGUUAAAUUUAUUUUAUAAUUAUAUAAUGCAAAAGUUUAAUAACAUUCACUCUAUUUGCGAGGUCCUCUUCCGGAUCUUAAAAAAUAUUAUUUAAACGUUUUAUUUUGCGAUUAUAAUGAUUUUAAAUAAUUAUAAAUGCGUCGACUCACCCGGAUAUGAUAAUAUGAUAAAUACAAUAUAGAUUUAAAUUUAGGUAUGAAGUUUGUCCACACUUUAGCGUCCACAGCCGGGCAAAAUCUUAUAGAAUCACAAGACUUGACCUAAAUGAUUGUAGUGGCAACAUUUAUCUAAUAAACAAUCUAUUUUUUGUAUAACAUUAUCAGAAAUAAAAUCUGUUUCGUGAAAGUAAAAAAAAAUAAAAUUUUUUUCUCGUUUUAAAUUCUCUCUAGCCUAUGGAUAUUAAUUGUUAUAUAACUAAGAUGGUUAGAUACAUUGUUUAUUUGUAUAUAGCAACACAAAACGCAGUACAAUCAUUAAAAAAAAAAUGAAAACAUACAAGAAAAUACAGAAAGAACACAUUACAAAGAACACAUGACUUGAAAAGUGUGGACCAGUCUUCAAUCUCUUAUGGUAAAGGGAACUUUUUGAUAUUGUCACGUUACGAUUACAUUAUAACACACUCGAUUGUUUUCUUGCCCGAGCUUUCCUACGAGUUUGUUGAGCUUUUUAGUUUUUAAAAUCCAUUCUAUAUAUCGUCUUGAGUAUAUUCUCGGUUGUGUUCUCGACGGUGACGCUCAGGUAUCCACGGACAGUUUUAAAAACAAAUCUUUAAACAUUGAAGUUUCGCUUGUGAUUUUACAACUCUCUUUGAGAAUGCUGUUGCCUAUAAUAGCUGUCUAGGGUUUUUAUCCUUUACUCGCCUCGUACGAACCUCACCAAAUGGUUUCGAAGUUAUUUAAGCGUUGCGUAAUAUUUCUUACGAGUUUCUAGUUUUUUUUUGUAGUUGAGGAGUUAAACAAUAAGAUAACGAAUGGAUUUUAAAAAAUUAAACUGAUAUUGUCAUAAAAUUAAUAUAUUUUUAACUUGUCCAUAUAUUUUAGCGAAUUAGUAAUUUGAGCUUGUUACUCGUGAUGUAAUAAUUAAUAAUAGUAAUAAUUAUUGUAAUUAUAAAUAUAUAAAUUAUAAAUUAAAUGCGAAUAUUUUGUAUAGAUAAUUCGGAAAAAACGUCGCCCUUUUUUUUAUUGUUAACUCCACUUUCGAAAAUAAACUUUGUGUUCCGAUUAUUACAUAUUUUGUUAUCUUGUCUCGUUAAAUUUAUCUAUUUACAAAUAAUUAGUUAUUUACUUAUUAUAUAUAAUUAUUUUAUAUGUUGUUAGUUGCAGCGUAAUAGAAAAAUUAUAUUCUGAUUAAAUAUAUGUUUUUCGUAUUUUCUAACGUGGAGUUGCCAAUAUUUUUGAUGUAAUAAAAUAUAAUUUAAUUAAAUAUUCUAAUGUAAUUAAAAGGUAGGGACAUGUUUGUGUAACAUUCACAAAUAUAUCACUAUGUUUACGUGAUAAUUAUUAUUUGUGUGUUUGUGUACGCGCCGCAAGUGUGUCCCAACCUUUUUUUAAAUUAUGGACACUGAAUUUUCGUACUAUGCAUAUGUAAAAGUAUAUACCAUAUAUUACCGCCCAUAAAUUUCUUUAUAUUACAAAAUAAACAUGAUAAACUGAAAAAGAGCAAUCUUGAGCCAAAAUCACGCAACUGAAAUGUAUAAUUCGAUUCAGUAUAAUGACAUAAACAAUAUUGGAGAAAAAUAUUUAUAUAAUAUGAAAAUUACAGUUUUAAAUGUUACAUUUCUGAUUCGCAUCGUCCAUUUCAGUUUAAUAUUAUAUACAUACUUAUACUUUCACAUAUGUAUUGACAAUUACUUGUCACUUCCAUUCUAAAUACACGUUCCAAGGUCCAAAUGUGUGUAAUAACGAUUAGUGUCACUAUAGAAUAAAAAAAAAAAUUUGAAAUGAUAUAAUUAAAAUAUUUCAGCUUUCUACAAUAUUGUAAUUUAUUGUAGCUUUUGCAUUAAUUAAUGAAUUUAAAUCGUUUCUAUUUUAAAUGUGUGUUGCAAUGAUCGUGAUUACACUGUGUUUGUAAUGUACCUAUCUUCCAUUCCAAGAUAAUAAUUUUUCGAUUGUGAAUAUGUGUAAGUUUGGGCAUUUGGACGAGCGUUCGGCAUUAACUGGUUGACGCAAAAUACGUAUUUAAUGUAACCGUAAUCGAUAUUGCUAGAUGUUGAAAUAAGAUAUUUUGCAAAAAUAUAUUUUCGUUAAAUAUAAUCCGUUUUUAUGUAAACAAUCUCACCGUAUCCUUUUAUGAUUUUACAGUAAUGUACAGUCAACAGCACAUCAGGCUUCCCAAAUUCAUUGCAAACUCGUCGCUAUUACUGCGCCAUAGAGGUUCAUGCGAGAUAACCUUGAUGUGCUGCUGACUGUACAUAAUACUAGGCAUAUUAUGUAAAAUCACUCUCGUGGUUGAUAAAUGUUAUACAUUAUAAUGUAUAGGUUUAAACUAAUAUUUGUUUUAUUAGCAGAACGACAAAAGUGAUGUGAAUAUUGUUUACAGUUUAACACUUGUAAUAAAAUGCGGACUUUGAUAACAAAAUUACAAAUACGUUACAUAUACUGGAAAAACAGUAAAAACCCGUAUUUUGAUAGUUACUAAUAUAAAUGCGUAAUUUGCAUGAGAUUAGAUUAAAAAUUCAAAAUGACGAUUGCCAAUGUUCCCUCCAAAGGGCGGAAUCUCAAAGUUUUGACUAAAUCUUUGCACGAUUUCCGGUGAGGUCCGAGGAUUGUGGUCCGCACGUCCGAUAUAUAUUAUUUUAAUAAAAGAUUCAGCCAGCUUAUAAAAAAUUAUAUCGAAUCUCCAACCGCUUUGGCAUUGUUCGAUGCAGAGUCUAUCAAAUGACAACCUAAUUGAUGCUACAUAAGUUUUCAACCAAAAACCAUGUGAUCUCGUACAAAACGAUUGUUCUACGUAAUAUCCAAUAGCGGACGGGAUUGCCGCGCUGUGAUUGCCCGAAACAUUUUAUUGGCUGAAAUAUUUUCGUGCUAUAUAAAAAACAUAUUUUCUAAACGAGUUAUUACUGCUAUACAAAUUUUUGUUAUUAUAAUAAAAAUUGAAUCCCAAAUGUUAUUUAUUUCCAAAACAGUCAAGCGUGUAAACUAGGCUUUAUAAUGUUGCCACAAAUGUAUGCCGGACGUAAGGCCAGACCAAAAAUUAUAGGUAAUAAUGGAGCCCGCACUGCUAAGAGCUUUAAAGUACAUAUAUUUCUAUCACACUCAUAUGUGGUUCGACCUCUCUUUCUUAUAUAUUGCGAUGUAUAUAGAGUAUAUACAUAGUUAUACCGUAGCUUAGUGGUGGUUUGUACUUCACUUCUCACUGUCGAAUCGAUUUGAAAUGAGACGCAGCGAACCAAUCACAUUGCGCAAAUGUGAUGCAACGAAACGACAACCCUAACACAAUUUGAGCGCUGAAUGGUAUCAUUCAGCGCUCAAAUUCAAAUCAUUUAUUCGGAAAUUGACCUUCACAGGCACUUUUUCUCAUCAGUUUUUAUAUUUAUAGUUAUUUCUCACAAGCUACAAACUACUGGCAUUUCGGAACGACCACUGCUGAGAAGAAAUGCCGAAAGAAACUCAUUUGAACAGUGUUGGUCCCUAUCAUGCCAGAUCGGCUUACCAUUAUUGUGUCUUACAAUGUUUUUUUCUAAUAAUAUAUAAAAGUACAUAAUGUACAUAGUCAAAAUAUAUAUAUAUAUAUAUCACACAAUUAACUUACAUAAAAAUAUAUGAGAAACGAGAUGACCAGUUCCCUCUGGCAGCACCCGUUCACGAGUUGACGCAUGGGCCCCGGACCCGGCCCACGAAUGAGAGGCUCAAGAAUGAGAGGUAGAGCCACCAAUGAAUGAUAUAGUAAUGUGGAUUGCAUCAAAAAGUUCUUGAUAGUGCUGGCUCCAGUAUCACCUAAAGCAUUAUUUAUAUUCUGUAGAUAUUGUACCAGGGUGUGCAGACCGAUAGAAAUCCUGUACGCAUUUAGAUAUUCCUAGAUUGUUGAUAAUAUCGUUGUUUUAUUCAGUGAAUUAUAUAUUUUUUUCCAUAUUAA